GAUGUGGAGGAAACAGUGAGGAGACAGGGUAACAGAGAAAGGGGAAAUAUACAAAUUCUGAUAUAGCAAAAAGCUGUUGAUAAGAGAGAAUUAGAAGAAGUGGCAGGAAAGGGAGAAAACGAGUGCAGGGCAGAGAGAGAGGACAAAAAGAAUGUUUGUAGGGUGGGCUGUUUAAAUGAGGUUUUCUGGUGGGCAGAUCUUUUGGCUGUUGCCAUCACAAUAAUAAAACAAGCAAAAUGUGCUGCAGAUAGGACAUUCGUACUGUCCUGACACAAUGAACAAAGGAGCAUUGAGUCAGUCUUCCCUGCUAGCUACAUUUCUCAUUUGCAUCUAAAAAAAAACAGCUGUACCACCAGUGUGAUCUGUUAGAAAAGAGUGACAUAGGAUGUUCUGGGCUGCAUACCUCCCCCUGCAUCCUGUCUCAAUAAUUCAUAUUGAGUUAGUUUCAGUUCAGCUUUACAGCUGGUGUAUGAGGGAAGGAAGCAUUGCUGCACACUUAGCCCUUUAGCCCACGUCUGGAGCCCUGCAGAAAUGACACUGACCUUAGCAGACUGCUUUGAUUAUUCUACAAAAAAAGAAGUUCGCAUACAAAGCGUUCCCCUUGGGAUCCUGAAACAGUGCAUUACAUUCGGUGUGAUUGUGUUUGUGUGCUACAGCCUCAUAACACAGAAGCGCUACCAGAAAAAAGAUUCUAUUAUCAGUUCGGUUCACACGAAAGUAAAAGGCUUUGCAGAUGCUCAUUCAAGGAUCUGGGACACGGCAGAAUAUACUGUCCCAUCCCCUGGAGGAGACUCAUUUUUUGUUAUAACUAACAUAGUUAAAACAGAAGGUCAAAUGCAAAGUAAAUGUUCAGAGCUUCCAAGCCAAAAAACAAUUUGCUCUCGUGAUGAUAUUUGCAAAAAAGGCCUUGCAGACCCACAAAGUAAUGGUAUCCAGACUGGACGAUGUAUAAACUUUAACAAUACUUUAAAGACUUGUGAGGUGUCAGCGUGGUGCCCUGUGGAGUCACAGACCACCCCAGUUCCUGCUGUUUUGGAAAGUGCUGAAAAUUUCACUGUCCUAAUAAAGAACAAUAUACAUUUUGCAGCCUUCAAUUUCACAAAGAAAAAUAUUCUACCAAAUUAUAAUGUAUCAUGCAUUUACGACCGAGUCAAAGCACCUCUCUGUCCCAUAUUUCGUUUAGGAGACAUUUUAAGGGAAACUGGAGAAAACUUUUCCCAAGUAGCAGUAUUGGGUGGAGUUAUGGGCAUUGAGAUCAACUGGGACUGUGAUCUUGAUCCCUUGAGAUACAAAUGUGAACCUCAUUACGGUUUCCGACGAUUGGAUGAUAAAGUUGUUGAUGAAAGCUUGUAUCCUGGAUUAAACUUUAGAUUUGCAAGAUACUACAAAAAUGCACAUGGAACAGAGACAAGGACCCUAAUAAAGGCAUAUGGAAUUCGAUUUGACAUCCAAGUCUAUGGCACGGGAGGUAAAUUUAAUUUAUUAGAACUAGCGUUAUUUAUUGGAUCCUGUCUAUCUUACUUUGGAUGUGCUUCCUUUGCAAUUGAUUUCAUCAUUGGCCAGUAUAAUUCUUGCUGCUGUAACGCAAAGUCAGUUCUAAAAUACUAUGAUGACAGAAAGUAUGAAACAAUCCCAGGACCCUCAGUUUCACUGGCAAACCUAAAAGCACACCUAAAAUUUGUGUCAUUUGUGGAUAAAGAAGAUAUUUUGAUGGUGGACCAGAAAUUAAAGGGUAGCUUGCAGUUAGCUUCGGGCCCAUAUAUCCAGAGAGAAAGAUUUGCAGACACAAAAGCCAAAUGUAAGGAUUCUCACAAGCAAGAUGAAAAUGAAAUGAGGCUAAUAAAAGGGAGAUCUGCUAUGCUGCCUCCUGCCUGGUGCAAGUGUAACAAGUGCAUUAAUACAACACAUCUUGAGGAGCAGUUGUGCUGCAGACUUGAAGAGGGAGAAUGUAUUACAGAUACUAAAAUGUUUAACUCCCUGGUUUUGAACAGAGAAUCUUUGGAAUAUGCUUUCCAGUAUGACAAUCCUUUAUCGAAAACACCAAUAAGCAAAGAGCAUCUAAGAUAUUAUGCUAAGCAAAAAUAUGUUGAGUGGCGUUUUGGAUGCAGAAAGUAUAUGUUAAAUUUUGCAGUGAUCCCCAACUGCUGUAAAACUGCAAUAGAAACUUGCAACCUGCAAACAGAAGGCCCAUAAGGAACCCUGUAUUUACUUCCUGCUCAUGGCAUGCGGUAGAUACAGGAUUCCCUUGAACAAGUGACUGCUAUAGUCUGUGUCUUUACUGCUUUCACAUAUACAGUAUACUAAUACCAGAAAAUGUUGAUAUACUGCAUAUGCGCAAGUCUAGAUCUACACAAGGGUUUCCUGGUAAAUACAGGUAACAUGAUGGCAGUAGGAAGCUUUUACUGAAAGACAUAAAGAAGAGCACUAGCUAAGGGGGAAAAAUCCCUUUAUUCACUGAGAAGUGUCUGACAAUUGCCCCACAGUGAUUUAGCCUUUUCUGGUUCUGGUUAUAUUGGGGUGAAGGCUGCCACAGUAAGCAGGGAAAGAAAUAUUCAAAAUUGGCCAUACAUGGGCUGUUAAAAUUUGGUGACUUGACCCUUCCAGACAAAGUGCCAAGUGGUUAUUGGCCCAUGUAUGGGUCCCUCCAAUAUGCCUGCCCAACUGAUAUCUGGGCAAAAAUAUGGUUGGGACAAGGACCACAUUGACUCCUUUAUGUAGUCCUCACCCGGAUGAUCUGUUGAAGACCAUCUGAAAUUGUGCUUAGAAUAGGUCCAGCUGUAACCAGAGGCGAAUUAAGCAUGCAAUUGCACUCUCUGCAAUAACGAUGCAGCUCCCCUUGACCUGCACAGACGCUCCAAAUGUUAGGUGGGGGGAUGGGCAGCAUUAGCAAACUGCCCCUGGCUAUAACUUAUAAAGUGAACUUCCCAUUAAGAAAGUUAGCAGUCUGAUUUUAUGUGGCCCUACAUGGGCAAAUUUAAGCUGCUGAUUUGGGUCCUUUAGAGACGAUCCAGCAGCUUAUUUGCCGUGUAUAGGGCUUUUUCGACAGGCCUCCCUGGCCGAUAUUUGACCAAAAUCAGCCAGAUAUCCAUCGAGCAAGUUUGAUUUUUCACUCCGAUCGAGGACUGCAUCAGCUAGUUGAUGCGGUCCCUGCCCAUUGGUGCCUAUUCCCAUCAUUGUAAUCCAAUCGUUUAGCCCUAGGUCUGAAUGAUUGGAUUAGCCUUUGGUGGGCAUAUCUGAGGAAAGAUCUGCUAGUUUGGCAAUCUUAAAGUGUAUGGCCACCUUUACUGACCUGCUCAAUACUGUAGGUUUUGUGAAAAUUAAAUUCUCUUCCUUAACUAAAAACUCUCAGAGAAUCAGUUUUAUCUGCUUGAGGUAUAAUGCUCUAUAGAUAAAUGUAUAUAUUCUGUGUCAGAGGAAUUCCGGGAAAAAAAAAAAAUAUAUAUAUAUACAUAUAUAUAUAUACAUAUCAAAACAGGAGGGUUGUGGGAGCACUCUAAAGGCUUUAAAGUAUAUAUAGAUAAGUAUAAUAAAUGCUAUUGCAUAUGUACCCAAACAGGGGUUAUUUUGUUACAAAGUUAUGAUCAUAAAAUUGAUAAGCCACCAUACCACGUCAAGGUAAACCCCGAAUGGCGGUCCCUAACUUGUUUUAUUUUUUAUGUGCAUUCUAGCAUUACCUGUAAUCAAUGUCCGUUGAAUGCUGUUUUUUCACCGAGGGCUAAAUCCUCCCCAGCCCCUACCCACUGGUCAAAUGCUGCAUCAACAGAUUAUAUUUUGAAACUUGGCUGAUCCCCUAUCAAUAGUACCUGGAUAUCGGUCUUGAUCAGUGGGCCCGCAUAAACCCAAAGAAUAUCAUAGGAAAAUAUUUGAUCUGUGCUUAUAUGGCUACCUUAAGAAGUCUAGUCAUUUAUCUUGGCUUUAGUUGUCCUAUAAACAAAUCCCUUAGCAAACCCUGUCUUUUAAAACAAUAAGCAUAUGUGUUAAAGAGGGUAGAAAGUACAAGACAAACACACCUUAGGGACAAAGCACUCACUUUUAUUUUUCCUGGGAUUCUCAGGCUGCAAUAUGUACUUGUAUCACUUCACUGCAUCUCUGGGAUAUUCGUUAUUUGGUAACACCCAAGUUAGUCUUCUUUCCCUCCCUUGUUAAAUUUAUUGGGCACAAGGGUUUAUGUAUUUGUUCCAUAUUGCAGAAGAAUGUCAAUAGACCCUAGUUUACUGACAUAAUACUGUUUCUCAGGCUUGUCAUACAAUGGGCAGUGGGCCAGUCGCUUUCUUUGCCUGAAGGAGUUUACCAUCCCAUAGAAUAGUGCUGGGGGCUCCAGUAACCAUGCACUGUUUGGAUUCACUGUAAAUAUGUUAAACUUGCAUAAUAUAUGAUUAAAAAAAAGUCUUACCA